AUGCAACAACAACAACGAGGCUCAUACAACAACGAAGACAUGUUCGUUGGUCAUACAUCGCUGACCAAUCUGAAUAUACUUCUUCAAAAUAUAUUUCUUCCGUUUUUAUCGGAUUCCACCUCACAUGAUGAAGACACUCAAAAGUACAAUGAAACUCUUCAAACAGUACAUUCGCUCAACUCUGACUUUAUAUCUCAUCUCAAGAAGUUCAGUGGUCAGGUUGGGCAUACUGUAAAGCAACUAUCAGGAGAGGUUAUCAUUGAUCUUCCGGAUGUUCAUCUUGAUGAUGACCCUAAAACUGCAGCAGAGGAUGAGCAUAUUGUUGCGAAAUUGGAGGCUUGUCUCAGCAAUUGGACUCAAUCAAUCAAUGCUCUCUUGGAAAAAGUUGUAAAUCAAGAGAGAGAAGGAGAGGGUCCUUUGUCGGAAAUUGAAUACUGGAGGACAAGGCAUGCCUCUCUGGGAACGAUUUGGGAAUCUUUGAACAGUAAAACUGUAAAGAAUGCAAUUGAAGUUUUGAGAAUUUAUGAUGCUCAGCUAUUACCCGGUUUUGAUGAUCAAUUUCAAGAAUUGACGAAACUUUAUAUGGAAGCCAAGGAAAAUGUGAAGUUUUUACAAACACUCGAAAGACAUUUCAAGAAUAUUUCUCAAGCAAGAGGAUCAUUAACACCAAUUUCCGAUACGCUUCCAUCUAUGAUGAAUGCAAUUCGAAUGGUUUGGGUCAUCAGCCGAUACUAUAAUACCGAUAAGAGAAUGAUUCCAUUGAUGGAACUAAUUGCAAAAGAAAUUUGCACAAAAGUUGCUCAAUAUAUCAAUCUAGAAAGUAGUUUAGAUGUAAAUAAUUUAUUUAACAAUCCUUUGAAACUAAGUGAAAAACUUCUUGAAGGUGCUGAAGUUCUACAAAAAUGGAAGACGACCUACUUUCAAGUGAGAGAAAAAAUUGAAAAUACAAGCAAAGAUGAACGUUGGCACUUUGAAAAAGACUCUCUCUUUGAAGAAUCAGAUUACAUGUCUGAAAGAUGUUACGAGUUGAAAGAGCUUGCCCUAUUUAUUGCUAGAUAUAAGACCUUUUUAGGUCCAGAGCUAAGAAAUAUCACUGGUGAAAGUGGCAUUGAUGAGAUUUUAGAGAGACUCAAAGAUUUAAUUCUACCAUUCCAGCAAAUAUCUCAUUUAAUUUUUAAUAGAGCAUAUCAAUUGAAGUGGAUUGAAGUUUUCAAACAAUUCAAAGAAAAUAGUGAGGAGAUUAAAAAUCAAACAAAUCUAUUUAUUGACAAGAGUUUCAAGAAGCUUAGAUCUGCUGAGGGAGCAUUUAGAUUGUUGCAAGAUGUAAAAAAAAUCAAUAGUCAGGACAAAGAUUCUAUCAACCAGAAAAUGAUGCUCAAAUCGAUAGAUAUUCUUGAACGAUACGGAGAGGAAGUUGACAAUAUUUAUCAAAUAUUCACGAAUGAAAAGAAGAAUCCUCCAAGAACAAAAAACAUGCCACCUGUUUCUGGUGCUAUUUAUUGGUCUCAUUCUUUAUUUGAGAGAAUUAGAAAACCUAUUGCCCUGUUUUAUGAAGCCCCAGACAUGCUAAAUACUGAUGAAGGAAAGAAAAUAUCUUCCAAGGCAACCAGUAUUGCAAAAGAAAUCAAAGAGUUUGAAGAGUCAAAAUUUAAAGAAUGGAAAGCAACUGUUACCGAAGAUACAAUCAAGUAUCUGAAAGGAAACAUCCUUGCUAGGGAAGGAAACAAAAUUAUUGUAAAUUUUCAUCCUAAACUUUUGUUAUUAAUUCAAGAAACGAGAUAUUUGGACAAGCUGGGAAAGAAAGUUCCUGAUAUUGCUUUGAAUGUUACUCUACAGGAAGAAAAAUAUCACAAAUAUAUUGAGAACUUGAAAAGUAUGAUUGAUAACUUCAUCACUGCUAAAGACUCAUUGGACUCUGCAGAAGAAAAAGUGUUGACUCCGCUGAUAACUCGGUUGAAAAAGAUUCUCGAGCCAGGAUUUUCAGUACUAAAUUGGAAUUCUUUGGGUAUUGAUGAGUUCAUCAAAAGAUGUAAUUCUGAAAUUUCAGAUUUCCAGUCUAUUGUUCAAAAGAUGCAAAGAAAUGCAUCAGUGAUUCGAUCGCUCAUUCAACAGCUAAAAAGUCCAUUUUUGACAAAACCUGAAAUUAGAACUGAAGAGACCAUGAUGUCUCUUGCGGAGCUUGUAGAGACCAUAGAAAAAUCUGUUGAACAAAAGAGUGCAAGUCUUGCAAAGAAAUACAAAACCAUUGGACAAACACUCUUAAAAAUUGAAGGAGAUCUCAUUAAUAGCAAUGUAAUUGAAAGUGAGAGCAAGUCUGCUACAGGUAGAGAAAAGAUUCUUCAAGGUUAUUAUACUCACUGGGAAAAGCGUAUUUUUAAAGCACUAGUUAAAAAUGUGUCUUCCAGCAUUGAUGAGCUGAUGGAUCUACUUUAUUUGAGCAAGAAGAAAAAGAAUCAGCCAUUAGUCACAAAACGUCAAAUACCCUUGAUCAAAGUGAGCGUUUCUCUUUAUCACAAGUCCAUCACUAUUAGUCCUGGCCUAGAUGACAUUUCAGAUAUGUUAGACAGAGUUGUAAAUUGCUCGGUAAAUGCUACCAAACAGUUUGUAAGAUGGUAUAGCGGAACAUGUCACGAAAUCACGAAUAUUGAGGUGAAAACCGAGAAAGAUGAUCAAAUAGAUCCACAGGCCAUCAUUGCGAAUCAUUUCUCAUUCUUUAAUGACAUUUUGCAAAUUCCUGUCAUUACAAAAAAGAUGCUGUUGUUGAAUAAUGGUAUUCAAAAGACAUUAACUUCCAUUCAGCGUUAUGUAAAUAAUUAUUCUAAAUAUCAAGAAUAUUGGAAAACUCCAAAAGAAUUGGCAAUGGAAAAGUUUGGAAGCAAGGAUCCAUCUUGGGACAGCUAUUACAAAAAAUUAGAAGACUAUCACAAGUUGCAUGAAGAUAUUCAAUCUCACUCAAAACAGGUUAAGGACUUGGAUUUCAUUAGAAUUGACUCCACAUCAUUUGUGAAAUCAUUUACUGAGGAGUUGAGAAAAUGGAUUGAAGCUAUGGCAAAGUUAUUGAAUACAAAUAUUAAGCCAAAACUACUUGCACUGAAUGAAAGAAUUGACAAAUAUAAAGAAGGGCUCGGUCAAGAAAUCGUGGAGCUUGACGACUUACGAAAAGUAUUGUCAGUGAUGGAUGAAGCUAGAUCAAACUCGGUAGACAUUGAAAGAGAUUACAUGGAGGUUGAAGAUAUUUAUCAUACCAUGCUAUCAUAUUCGGUAAAGAUACCUGCAGAUGAACUAGAUUUAGUUUAUUCAUUGAGAAUGAAAUGGAAUGCUCUGUUAUCUUCAGCCAAAGAGAUGGAACAACAGCUUGUUCCACAGAAAGAGAAAUUUACAUCAGAAACUCGCAAUAGAGUGGAACAAUUUAAGAUUGAAGUUUCUCAACUUAAAGAAGAAUUCGAGAAUGGACCAGGUAAUCCAAACGUACAGCUUGAAGAUGGACUUGCCCAAAUGGAAGUAUUGAAAGAAAAACUUGAGGAAAAGAGGAAGAUAAGAGAUUAUCUUGUUCAAUCAGAAAAGUUAUUCGAUCUUCCAAUAACGCCGUAUCCUGAUUUUGUUCAAUUAGAAAAGAAAAUAUCAAAGAUUGGAAAGAUUUUCGAUAUUUUCGGAGACUGGCAAAAGAAAGUAUCGAAAUGGUCUCGUACUCUUUGGGUGGAAGCUCCUAUUGAAGAAAUGACAAAAGAAACUGCAAGAUUCUCCCAAAUAUUGAUCAGCAAGAAAGAAUUCCCUCAGGAACUUCAGGAAUUGCAUGCUCAUAAAACCUUUAAAAGCAAAGUGAAGCAUUUCCAAAAAACCAUUGAGCUACUGUCUUGCCUAAAGAGCGAGGCAUUGAGAGAAAGACAUUGGGAACAAUUAAUGCAGGCAACAGGUAAAAACUUUGAUAUUAACCCAUCGACAUUUACCUUGAAGAAUUUGAUUGACAUGAAUCUAUAUGAAUACGAAAAUAGUAUCAACGAAAUCACUGAAUCUGCCAACAAAGAACUUGAUGUCGAAAAUACAAUCAAAAAGGUUGCUGAGGUAUGGAGAAACAAAAAGUUUGAACUUAAAAAACAUGUUAGAGAUAAUGAAGAUAGAGGGUUUGUUCUUACGGCCGUUGACACUAUUAAGGAGCAGCUAGAAGAGGACACAGCAAACUUGGCUGCAAUCUCGGGAACUCAGCAUUCUGUUCCAUUUGCUGCAGAGUUGAGCAAGUGGGAAGGAAAUUUAUCCAAGAUUGAUGAAGUAACUUCAUUAUGGAUAGAUGUCCAAAGAACAUGGAUGUAUCUUGAAAUCAUCUUUAUUGGGUCUGAGGACAUCAAAGAUCAGCUACCCGAACAGGCUAAAGCAUUUAAAAAGAUCGAUGGUGAAUGGGCAAAGAUUAUGGCUGAAACAGCAAAGAAUAGAACUGUCCUUGAAAAUUGUUGCCAGGGUGAUAACAGAUUAGCAAUUUUAUCUAGUCUACAGGUUAGGCUGAAUGAAUGCCAAAAGGGAUUGAAUAACUAUCUUCAAUCAAAAAGAAACGCCUUUCCUCGAUUUUUCUUCAUUUCUGAUGAUGAAUUAUUAAGCAUCUUGGGUAGUUCUGAUUUGAAUGCUAUUCAAAAACACAUUGGUAAUCUAUUCGAAAAUGUUGGAAGUUUAAUUUUUAAGCCAAAUACCAACCUGGUUGUAGGUAUGAGAUCUAAAGAAGGAGAGGAAUUCAAUUUUGAUAAACCUGUACGAGCAGAAGGGUUUAUCGAAAAAUGGCUAACUGCAGUCCAAAACGAAAUGAGAAAAACACUUAAAAUUAUCAUGAAAAAAGCUGUAUACAAUUAUCCUUCAAGAGAUAGAAUUGAAUGGGUAAAAGAAAAUCUUGGAAUGAUUGGCUUGUGUGGCUGUCAAAUUUGGUGGACAUGGGAGGUGGAGGACGCUUUUAGAAGAGUCAAGAACGGAGAAAAAAUGGCAGUCAAAUCGCUUGCAGUUCAACUCACUAAACAAUUGAACAAUUUGGUUGAUGAAGUGAGAACUCCUCUCCAAUCUCAGAUUAGAAAAAAGAUCACAACUAUGAUUAUUAUUGAUGUGCAUGCAAGAGAUAUCGUCGAUAGACUGGUCAGAGACAGUAUUCUUGAUGAAAGAGAGUUUGACUGGGAAAGUCAGCUUAGAUUUUACUGGGACAAAUCUGCCAAUGACGUCAAAAUCAGACAAUGUACAGGAGAAUUCGUUUAUGGUUAUGAAUACAUGGGCCUAAAUGGCAGACUUGUUAUUACUCCAUUGACCGAUAGAUGUUUCAUGACCUUGACUCAAGCUCUUACGUUCAACCUUGGUGGAUCCCCAUCAGGACCUGCAGGUACUGGUAAAACUGAAAGUGUGAAAGACUUGGCAAAGAGUAUGGCACUUAUUUGUAUUGUAUUUAACUGUGGUGAGGGCCUUGAUUAUAAGGCUAUGUAUAUGAACUUUUGUGGCUUGUGCCAGACAGGAGCAUGGGGAUGCUUUGAUGAAUUUAACAGAAUUGAGUUACCUGUACUUUCUGUUGUUUCCACUCAAAUUAGAGAAAUUCAAAGCGCUCUCAAGUCGAAAAAGGAAGAGUUUAGAUUCGAGGAAGUUGAUAUUAAGCUCGAUAGUAAGAUUGGUAUUUUCAUUACGAUGAAUCCUGGUUAUGCAGGGCGAGUUGAGCUUCCUGAUAAUCUUAAAGCUUUAUUUAGACCAUGUGUGAUGGUGGUUCCAGACUUGGAAAUUAUUUGUGAAAUUAUGUUAUUCUCUGAAGGAUUUAAUACUGCUAGAGUUUUGGCAAGAAAAAUGACCAAACUAUAUGAAUUAGCAAAAGGCCAACUCUCAAAGCAGCAUCAUUACGACUGGGGCUUACGUCCAUUAAAGUCUGUGUUGGUUGUUGCAGGUAGAUUGAAGAGAGAAAACCCAGAAAAGAGAGAAGACGAGUUAUUGAUGAGAGCUUUACACGACAUGAACGCUCCCAAGUUCGUUUAUGAAGACACGCCACUCUUUGAGGAUUUGUUGAAUGACCUAUUUGUUAACAUUGCAUAUGAAAGAGUUACCUAUCCUAAACUCUACAAAGCAGUCGAGGAAAGUCUUGUUGAGAAGGAUCUCAAACUUUUGGAAGACGGAUCACAAGUUGACAAAGUUAUUCAAAUUUAUGAAACUCUCGAAACUCGUCACUCUGUUAUGAUUGUUGGAGAGACUCAAGGUGGAAAGACUGUCGCUUUCAAUACUCUUUGUAGUGCAUUGAAAAAAGCAUUCAACUUUACCGUUAAACAGUUGGUUAUGAAUCCAAAGGCACAAAGUAUUGCUGAAUUACAUGGUGUGUUAGACAAAGACACAAGAGAUUGGACAUAUGGUUUAUUAUCCUACUACUUUAAAGAGCUCAACCAACCUUCCGAAAAAGCUCAUGCUGAACGAAGAUACCUUGUGUUUGAUGGAGAUGUUGAUGCUGAGUGGGUAGAAAAUAUGAACUCUGUUAUGGACGAUAAUAAGGUAUUGACAUUACCAAACGGCGAAAGAAUAAGUUUAUUGUAUCCAUUGUGUUCACUUCUUUUUGAAGUGGGCAACCUGAGAGUAGCUUCUCCAGCAACAGUUAGUCGUUGUGGUAUGGUCUAUGUGGAUCCAAAGAAUUUAGGCUUUGAACCUUUUAUUUGGACAUGGUUGAAUCAUAAAUUGAAGAAAGAUCAUCCAGAAAAAGUUGAGGUAUUACAACGAUUGUUUGAAAAAUAUGAGAAAAGUUGUAUUGAAUAUGUCUUGAAGGGUAUUGACUUGGAUGGAUCUUUCACAGAAAGAAUCAAAACCUCUAUUGUUAUGAAUUCAGUUUCAUUUGUUUCGCAACAUUGUAAUAUUUUAGAUUAUAUUUUUGCUGAUCCUGAACAGAACACUGACGACGAAAGAGAGCUUGAAUGUCUUUUCAUAUUUGCUCUAGUUUGGUCGGUAGGAGCUGUAAUUGUUGACUCAGAUAGAAAGAGAUUUGACGAUUUUGUUAAGAAGAUUACAAAAUGGAAACCGGUAGACAAUGGCGAAUCACUCACAGAUCACUUUGUUGGUGCAGGAUGUUGUCCAUCCAGAUUAACCUUGUAUGAAUACUUCUUUGAUGUCAAGAGUCACCAAUGGAAGCCAUGGAAAUUGAUUGUUCCAGUAUAUCAACCACCAAUUAAUGGACGUUUUUCAAGUAUUAUCGUUCCUACCAUUGAUACUGUUCGCUACACUAGUUUCCUUCAAACAUUUGUUACAUUGGGCAAGCCAGUGUUGUUUGUUGGCUCAUCAGGAACUGCAAAGACUGUCAUGAUCAAGAACUUUGUGAAAGACGUUACAGAAAAGAAUGAAAAGCUUACCAGCCUCUCAAUCAACUUCUCAAGCAGAACUUCCAGCUUAGAUUUACAAAGAACAAUUGAAGACAACAUUGAGAAGCGUGUUGGAGAUAAUUACGGACCUUUACAACAAAAGAAGAUGAUCGUUGUUAUUGAUGAUAUGAAUAUGCCAAACUUUGACAAGUACGGUACCCAACAACCAAUCGCCUUAUUGAAAUUGAUGUUAGAAAAACAUGGUUUCUAUGAACGCAAAACGCAAAAUCUAGCGUUUAUGAAAUUACUAGAUAUGCAAUAUGUUGCAGCUAUGCAACCUACAUUUGGUACUAAUGCCAUUGAUCCUAGAAUCCUUUCGAAGUUCAACAUUCUUAAUGUUUCAUUUCCAUCUGAUUACUCUAUUGAACAUAUUUAUAACUCUAUUUUGUCUCAUCAUCUCAGUAACUUUAAUCCAGAAAUUCAAAACAUUGGUCCAAAGAUUACUGCUUGCACCAUCAAACUCUACAAGAACUUAGUUUCAAGUCUUCCUCCUACUCCUGCGAAGUUCCACUAUUUAUUUAACUUGCGAGACUUGAGUAGAAUUUAUGAAGGAUUGUGCUUAUCCACAAUUGACAAACAAAAUGAUAUCGCAAAAUUUGUUAGGUUAUGGAGAAAUGAGUGUUUGAGAGUUUUCCACGAUAGAUUAAUUUCAGCUGCCGACAAAAAUCUUACUAUUUCGGCAAUUGAAGAUGAAGUGAAAACAUCAUUUGGAUCUGUUGCGGAAUCAGUGCUGAAGAACCCAAUUGUAUUUGGAGACUUCCUGGACUUCCAGGACCCAAACAAUGCAAGACUGUAUGAAGAUCUUGUCGACUAUGACAAGAUAAAACCUGUGAUUGAAGAUGCAAUUAAUAUUUACAAUGAACGACCUGGUGUUAAAAAGCUUGAUCUUGUAAUGUUUGAAGAUGCUCUCGAACACUUGACAAGACUAUUAAGAAUUGUUAGAAUGGACAGAGGAAACGCCUUGCUUAUUGGUGUAGGAGGGUCUGGAAAGCAGAGUUUAAGUCGACUUGCAUCGUUCGUAGCUGGUUAUGAGCUGUUUGAAAUUAAAUUGACAAGAGGAUACAACGAAACACAGUUUAGGGAUGACUUGAAGACGCUUUACAAAAAGCUAGGUGUAGAGGACAAAAAGGUUUUGUUCCUUUUUACGGAUGCUCACGUUGUAGAAGAAGGAUUCCUCGAAUUUAUCAAUAAUAUGUUAUCAUCUGGUGUUGUUCCUGCCCUAUUCGAAGACAAUGAAAAAGAAGAACUAUAUUCAAGCGUUGCCAAGGAGAUCAAAUCUACCAAUAUCAUUCCAAGCAAAGAAAAUAUGUGGAAUUACUUUAUUAACAAGUGUAGAAAUAAUUUACAUAUUGUACUUGCGAUGACACCUACCGGAAGUACUUUGAGAGUACGUUGUCGAAAUUUCCCUAGUUUAGUUAGCAGUACUACCAUUGAUUGGUUUACCUCUUGGCCUGCACAAGCCUUAAAAGAGGUCGCCAAUCAGUUUUUGUCAGACGACUCUGUUCCACAAGAUUUAUUAGAUGGCAUUAAUGAACAUAUGAUAUUUGUCCAUCAAAGCGUAGAAAGAUAUAGUUCCAGAUUUGCCCUCGAAUAUAGAAGAUACAAUUAUGUCACACCAAAGAAUUACUUGGACUAUAUUAAUACGUAUAAACGUCUUCUGGCUGAAAAUAGGAACAAAAUUGACGAAAUGAUUAAAAGAUUGGAAGGAGGUCUAAAGAAACUGAGAGAAGGCAAAGACGAGGUGGAAGAAAGAAAGAAAGAGCUUUCUGAGGCCUCUGCAAUUUUAGAGAAAAAAUCUAUAGAAAAUCAACAGUUACUUCAAGUGAUUUCGGAGAGAUUGGCAGAAGCGUCUGAGCAAAGUAAGCUGCAACAGGAACGUGAAGAAGAAAUCAAGAAGGAGUUGGAAAAUAUUCAAAAGCAGAAGAUCGAAGAAGAAGAAAAGCUUGCAGUUGCAGAACCUGCAGUUAGAGCAGCAGAAGAAUCCUUAAAGAAGCUUGACAGAAAUGCGAUUACAGAACUUAAGGCAUUUGCAAGCCCUGCACAAGUCAUUCAAGAUGUUGGUGCUUGUAUUUAUAUUCUACUCGAAGAUGAAACUCCUUCUCAAAUUACAUGGGUGAACGUAAAGUCCAUCAUGACUGAAGCGUUCUUCAAUAGACUUGUUACAUAUGACAAAGGAAGACUUACUUCUAACAAGAUCAAUCGUAUCGAACAAAUAUACAAAAAGAAUGGCGAUUCAAUGAAACCAGAGGAAAUUGGUAAAGUUUCAAGUACUCUUGCAGAAAUUGUCAAGUGGGUCAAUUCCAUGCGAGAAUAUUAUCAAGCUAUGAAAGUGGUUAAACCUAUUAGAAAGAAAAAGGAAGAAGCUGAAAAGAAGUUGGCAUCCUUUACCGAGCAACUUGCUUCAAUCAAGUCUAAAUUGGAACAACUCAAGCAAGACAUUGCAGAAUACAAGGUUAAAUACCAGAAUGGUCAAGAAGAAGAGAAGAAUUUAAUGGAGAAGAAGCAAAACAUGGAAGCUAAACUCAUUGCAGCCAAUAAGCUUAUUGAAGGACUUGGUUCUGAAAGAGAAAGAUGGGCUCAGCAAAUUCAUGAAUUAUCUGAAAAGAAGAACAGACUCAUUGGUGAUUGCUUGAUAUGUUCUGCCUUUUUGAGCUACACUGGUGCCUUCACAGUCGAUUUUAGGAAAGAAAUGAUGCAAGAAUGGCUAAAUGAAGUCAAAGAAACAAACAUUCCCAUCACUUUCCCAUUUGACAUUGAGGACAUCUUAACAGACGACGUGCAAAAGAGUCAAUGGGCUUAUGAAGGUUUACCUUCCGACAAAAUUUCAACACAAAAUGGUAUCUUAACCACCCAUGCAUCUCGUUUUCCAAUUUGUAUUGAUCCCCAAUUACAAGCUGUUAAAUGGAUCAAGAACAAAGAAAAGAAUAUCAAGAUUUGUUCAUUUAGCGACUCCGAUUUCAUGAGAAAGAUUGAAAAUGCUAUGAAAUAUGGUGAAACCAUUCUAUUUGAGAAUGUGGAUGAAGAAAUUGAUCCAAUGAUCGAUCCUGUGCUCGAUAUGGAGAUUCGAGGAAAGAAGAGAAUUGUGAGAAUUGGAAGCGAUGAAAUUGAUGUAGAUCCAAAAUUCAAACUUUAUAUGUGUACUAGACUAUCUAAUCCUCACUACACUCCAGAAAUUGCUAGCAAGACCACCAUUAUUAAUUACAGUGUCACAGAAGAAGGUCUUGAAGAACAAUUACUGAAUAUUGUUGUGAAUCAUGAAAGACCAGAAUUAGAAGAAGCAAGAAGGGACUUGGUACAAACAAUGAGUGAAAGCAAGGCUCUAUUGCAACAAUUAGAGGCUAAGAUAUUGAAAGAACUUAACUCUUCGAGUGAUGGUACUUUGAUUGAUAAUGUGGAGUUGAUCAAAACAUUAGAAGAAACUAGAAACAAAGUCCGUGAAAUUAAUACUAAGAUUAUUCAAACGAAACAAAACGAGAAGGAUAACUUCAAAGCCAGACAAGGUUAUAGGCCAGCAGCUAAGAGAGGAACCAUUCUCUACUUUGUUCUUUCAAGUCUGUCGAACAUCAACUCCAUGUAUGAAUAUUCAUUGUCUUCAUUCUCGCAAGAUGUGUUUGAAACAUCGCUCUCAAGAAGUCAACCUUCAAGAAUGUUAGAAGGAAGAUUGGACAAUAUUAUUGACUAUUUGACCAAGUCUGCCUAUAGUUAUACCUGUGCUGGCUUAUUUGGUGUUCACAAGCUAUCUUUCUCUUUACAGAUUGUACUCAAGAUUAUGCAGAGUGAAGAAAGACUUGAUCCUCUCGAAUUUAACUUUUUCCUUAAAGGAGAUAUCUCUAUGGGUCUUGAGAAACCAAAUCCUUUCCCUGAAUGGAUUGCCGAGGGAGGAUGGAAAGAUUUACUUAAACUUUCAAAGAUUUCUGAAUCGCUGCAAGGACUGGCGGAUGAUGUUGUCAAUAAUCCAAAAUGGAAGGAAUGGUAUGAUGCUCCUGAACCUGAAAAACUGCCACUUCCAUCAGAAAAGUUCCAAUCGGCAAGCUCUUUCCAAAGAAUGUGUAUUCUUCGUUGCCUAAGGCCUGACAGAAUUGUUGUUGCUGCAACAAGCUUUAUUGCAGAGGAGAUGAAGAGUGAAUACUUUGUUAAACCUCCAGUUCUGACAUUUGACAAUAUUUUCAACCAAAGUUCGAAGCUUUCACCAAUUGUUUGUAUGAUCAGUCCUGGAUAUGAUCCUGCAAAUGACAUUAUUAAGCUCUCCAAUGAGUUAGACAAGCGUGUCAAGUACAUUUCUUUGGGUGAGGGUCAAGGUGAAAAGGCCUUAGCUCUAUUAGAGAAGGGUAUUUCUAAAGGAAUGUGGGUGCUUUUACAAAAUUGUCACCUAUUAGUUGAUUGGAUGAAAAAUGUGGAGCACGUUCUUGAGAAACUCGAUAAGGACAAAGUACAUGACGAGUUUAGACUUUGGCUCACCACUGAAGUUACUCCAAAAUUCCCAAUUGGUAUUCUUCAAAGAUCUCUCAAAGUGGUGACGGAACCUCCGAAUUCAUUGCAACUUAACAUGAAAUCAACAUUCUCUAACAUUUCCAAUGCUGAGCUAGAUGAAUGCACACACAAGGCAUUCAGACCAUUGGUCUAUGUCCUUUCCUAUUUCCAUGCUGUAAUUCAAGAACGAAGAAAAUACGGAAAGAUUGGUUGGAAUAUUCCUUACGACUUUAACAAGUCUGACUUUGAUGUCAGUUUUAGUCUUAUCAAAACUUAUCUCAAUAAGGCAGCCAUGUACAAUGAUCCUAUUCCAUGGGAUAGCUUAAAAUACCUUGUUGGUGAAGCCAUGUACGGAGGAAGAGUUACAGAUAAAUUCGACAGAAGAAUUCUUACAACCUAUCUCAAUGAGUACAUGGGAGACUUUUUAUUUGAUGCUUUCCAACCAUUUAGAUUCUACAGUGAUGAUGAAAUUACUUAUGAAUUGCCACCUAUGGAAAGAGAAAAGACGAUAGGAAAACAGAAUGUGAUUGUACCACUUGGAGUUGAGGACUUUAUGGAAUUUAUUGAAAAGAAUAUCAAGUUGACCAACUCUCCAUGUGUAUUUGGAUUGCACCAAAAUGCAGAAAUUGGAUAUCUCACUAAUUCUACGAGUAAUUUGUGGUCUGAUCUGAUUUCACUUCAAGUGGGCGCUCAUAGUGGUGGAUCUAAGAGUGAAGGAGAAGAAUAUAUCAAAUCAGCUUUAAGUAUAAUUCCUGAGCCAUUCGAUCGAGAAGAAGUUCAAGCAAAGAUACUUCAAAAGUCAUCCAAGCUCACACCAAUUCAUGUUGUUCUCUUACAAGAAAUUGAUCGCUGGAACACUCUCGUUGGAGUCAUGAAAAGAUCAUUAAUUGAUUUACAAAAAGCUUUGGCUGGAGAAAUUGGUAUGAGUGAAGAAUUGGAACAUUUGAACAAUGCCAUUAACAUUGGUGUUGUACCCAAGUUGUGGAAAGAUUAUGCUCCUCAAACCAAACUCAAUCUAUCCUCUUGGUUAGAAUAUUUCAAAGAAAGACAUAAGCAAUAUGUGGAAUGGAUUCGAACAGGUGAAGAUCCAAUUGUUAUUUGGUUGAGUGGUUUGCAUGAACCAGUGUCAUACAUUACCGCACUUGUUCAAAUGACAUGUAAAAAGUACAAGUGGCCUCUCGACAGAACCACUGUCACAACACGAGUGACUGAAUUCUCCCAUUACAUAGACAUUAAGACCAAGCCAGUAGAUGGAUGCUAUGUGAGAGGAUUAUUCCUUGAGGGAGCUGCGUGGGAUCCAAAAGCUCAUUGCUUGAGAACUCAAAAGCCAAAACAACUCAGAGAAGAGUUGCCAGUACUUGAAAUUAUUCCAACAGAAAAUUCCAAGGUUAAAGUACAAAAUACUUUCCACGCUCCAGUUUAUUAUACCUCUGAUCGAAAUGAUGCAGGAAAUAAGGGCCUCGUAUUCGAAGCAAAUUUACAAACAGAAGAGCAUGAAAGCAUUUGGUCAUUGCAAGGUGUUUGUAUCACUUUAACUUAA